UCGGGCCGGAGCCGGUGUUCUGAGCAUGUGCGAGCAAGCCCGGGGGACCGGAGCGGAUUCGAGAAGCCCGACCCAGGUCGCUACCCUAAGCGCCGCUCCGGAGCUCGGUGACCGCAGGGCCAGUCGGCUCUCCCAGGAGCGGUGCUCCUGCGCCCAGGGCGCAGCGGCUGCGCCCUGCCCUCCGGGCGUGGGCUAGCCGGCCGCGUGUGCCUCGCUGCUUGACGCGAGGACGAGCCAAUCAGGGCCAGCGGCCCGGGCUGCCAUGUGACAGGCGAGGCGGCUCCUUUCCCCAACGCGGCCAGAGGGAGGAGAGAAGCGGAGCUCGCCGCGAGCCUUCGAGAGCAGCGGCCGCGGAGGAGGCGGCGGCGGCAGCGGCGGCGGCGGCGGCACAGGCUCGGACCAGCAGCGCGCGCAUCCCCUGGCGCCCUGCGCCGUGGAGAGCUCGGAGGGCCGCGGGAGCCCAGGACGAGAGUGGACAAAGCAAGAUGGCAGGGAUCUUAGCCUGGUUCUGGAACGAGAGGUUUUGGCUCCCGCACAAUGUCACCUGGGCGGACCUGAAGAACACGGAGGAAGCCACCUUCCCGCAGGCGGAGGACCUCUAUCUCGCCUUCCCCUUGGCCUUCUGCAUGUUAAUGGUACGGCUCAUCUUCGAGAGAUUUGUAGCCAAACCAUGUGCCAUAGCCCUCAAUAUUCAGGCCAAUGGACCACAGAUUGCCCAGCCAAAUGCCAUUCUGGAAAAAGUCUUCACUGCAAUUACAAAGCAUCCUGAUGAAAAGAGAUUGGAGGGCCUCUCCAAGCAGCUGGACUGGGAUGUCCGCAGCAUUCAACGCUGGUUCCGACAAAGACGCAACCAGGAGAAGCCAAGCACGCUGAAGAGGUUCUGCGAGAGCAUGUGGAAAUUUUCGUAUGGCCUUUAUAUAUUUACCUAUGGAAUCCGGUUCCUGAAAAAGACCCCCUGGCUGUGGAAUACAAGGCAUUGCUGGUACAACUACCCCUAUCAGCCACUCACACCUGACCUUCACUACUAUUAUAUCCUGGAGCUGUCGUUUUAUUGGUCUUUAAUGUUUUCCCAGUUCACGGAUAUCAAAAGAAAGGAUUUUGGCGUUAUGUUCCUGCACCACCUUGUAGCUAUUCUCUUGAUUACCUUUUCAUAUGUCAACAACAUGGCCCGAGUAGGGACCCUGAUCCUCUGUCUCCACGAUUCAGCCGAUGCUCUUCUAGAGGCUGCCAAAAUGGCAAAUUAUGCCAAGUUUCAGAAAAUUUGUGAUCUCCUGUUUGUUAUGUUUGCAAUGGUUUUUAUCACCACACGACUGGGCGUAUUUCCUCUCUGGGUGUUAAAUACCACAUUGUUUGAAAGUUGGGAGAUUGUUGGACCUUAUCCUUCCUGGUGGGUUUUUAACCUACUGCUGUUGGUAAUACAAGGUUUGAACUGCUUCUGGUCUUACUUGAUCGUAAAAAUAGCUUGCAAAGCUAUUUCAAAAGGCAAGUCUGGGAAGUGGAACCCUUUACAUGUGUCCAAGGAUGAUCGAAGUGAUAUUGAGUCUAGCUCAGAUGAGGAGGACUCGGAACCUCCAGGAAAGAACCCCCAUACUGCGACCACCACCAAUGGGACCAGUGGUACCAACGGGUAUCUCCUCACUGGCGCUUGUGCCAUGGAUGAUUAAUUACUCAAAACUACAAGUCCCAAACAAAGUGAACUGUUCAUUCCUGGAAGUAUUUAAUAAAUUGCAAAUGCAGUUCCUUUCAUAAUCUCUCAGCACCAGAAACAAAAAUUAGGAUUUAUCAAAGCAUUUUGAAUAGUGCACUGCCAUAUGUCCUGUCUGUGAAUGAAGAAGAAUUACCAUUCUAUAUAUGUAGGCAUGCUUUAUGUAAUUGACACAAGGGAACGGUAUUUGCAUUUGUACUGUCUUAGAAUAUUAUUUAUUUUCUUUUUGUAUUUGUUUGUAAAUCUGUGGACAAAAGAGGGUUUCCUCACUCCUUUUACUCUCUGGGUUCAUGACAGUGAGGGAGACGCUCCAUUUGCUUCUAUCCCUUUCUUGCUAUGACCUAGUCCACUAGGAGCAUCAGCUUAAUUGGUCACUUAGAACAAGCAAAACCCAGUGCAAGAUUCUCGUGCAGCUCCAAAUAGGUUUGCUCUCUUUGUGUUACAAUGCCCAUUCUGAAAUGGCCUAUUCAGUCUCAAGUGACCUUUCUCCCAGGGUAAAGUUGAAACAGGAUGAGCUCAGUCUUGUAAUUGUCAUUUUUCAUGAUCAGUUGGUGGUGGUGGUGGUUUAGUCGUGAAGUCGUGUCCAACUCUUGUGACCCCAUGGACUAGUGUAGCCUGCCAGACUCCUCUGUCCAUGGGAUUCUCCAGGCAAGAAUACUGGAGUGGGUUGCAAUCGAACUCGGGUCUCCUGCACUGCAGGUAGAUUUUUUACCAACUAAGCUACGAGGGAAGCCUUUCAUGGUCAAUUAGCUUGUUCCAAAUAGAGUGUGGCUAUUGGAGGACUUAAAAUUUUUUUGUGUGUAUUAAAUUGCUUUGGAAUAGACUUCAUUUCUUGUGCACACAGCCAAAGUUUCUUCAGUGAGGAUGGUAGCUAGUUAGGGACUAACUUUUUAGGUUACAGAGACUUUUUUUUUUUAUUCUCCAUUAUGGGGUCAGUGCUCCAGCUCUGAAGGAAGACUUAAGUUCAUGGUUACAAACAAAGAAAUCAGUCUUCCUGCUGGGAAUUUGUCCCAUGAUCUGAGAAUAAUACAAAGAGAGCAGCAGAUUUCAACCAGGUUUUACCACUACCCCUUUAACUAGUGCAGUCUUCCACUAUGUUAUGAAAAAAAGAAGCUAAAUAUAUUUGAGGACAGAAAAAUGAGACUUCCAAGAGUUGUCAAAAGUCACCUCUAGUGCAAAGCACUUUACUGCAACCAGCUUUCAAGAAAGCACCCUAUCUAGUAUUUGAUCUUGUUUUUUUGUUUUUUUUUCCUGGGCAAAAUAAAGCCAGUGAGGGUAAGACCAUUUUACCCUUUGUCUUUUCUCCUUAAACAUAAUCCUAACAAUACAGAACUUCCUGUUACUAGAAACUCCGCAGUGUUACACUGGAGGUCCUUUUGUCUGCUUCUUUGAAGGACUGGUUCAUUUUCCAGGAAUUUUUGUUCAAAUGGAGCUAUUUCCAGAAAAAAAGCAACAAAAAUUCUACUCAGCAAAUGAGAAAGACUACUGAAAAAAUAAGUUUCCGUAGUCUCCUACAGGGCAGUGUUAUUUAUGUAGAGAUAAGAAAACCAUACACAUAAACCAAAGAUUUUAUCUCUUUUCUUCCAACUUCUAGUAAAAGGGAAUAAAAAGUUAUUAUAAAUACUUAUUUCAUAAAUCAGGAAGACCAUCUCCUGAAACAAAGAGUCCAAAACCACAAUGCAGUGAUAUCCGUAUGCAGGUCAGGACAAGUGAAAGGGACAGCAAAAUACUAAGAAGUGCAUGUCCUGCUCAAAGUCACUCACAUUCAGUUCAAUUUUUUUUUAAUUGAAGUAAAACCUUGUCCCCACAAUGUGCACCAUGAUUGUUAGUAGUUAAAAGAAUGCUCCCAAACAAAACCUCACGCUGUAAAGUUAAAUCUCUUCCCACCUAUUUAUAAAAUAGUGUGUUUUUGGUAUGGUCCAUAGUAAUGACUGAAGGGCCUUAGAAAUAUGUCUGCUUUUUUGUUGACAAACUGGUAUAAUUAACUCUUCUUGGAAAACCUUAUUAUUUUAUUUCACAGAACAGGGGUAUGUCUAGGAGAGUAAUUUAUGGAUGGUCAAGUUGUAAGACCAAUCAUUAAAUAUGAAAAGUACUUGUCAAGUCAUCUGAACAUCUGCUAAAAUGCAGAUAUAUGAAGAGUAAACUAGCAAGCAUGUUAUAGCUGAAAAUUUUUGAUAAGGUGAAAAUUUCUUCUCUAAAAUAUGGAACUAAAAUAUGGAAUAGAAGAAAGCCUUGUGCCUUGCUUUAAUAUAUAGAGCAAGUCCUCUGAUGGGUGAAAUAAACCAGAAAGCCACAGUGUGUUUCUAUUUGGGUCAUUUGACACUAUUUAGCAUAGAAGAAUAAUUUCAAAAUAUCUGCUUGUAAAUUAAAGGUUUAGAAGACUUGCAUGACAUGAAGAAAAUUGUCUGUCCUUAGCAAAGACAUCUGAACAUCUGACUUUUGUUCUUUAGAAGGAGAAUUGGGAAUUCUCAGAGCCUCCCUGACCGCUGACAGUAACAACACAGUCUUCUAUUUAUCAAUACAUUUGUAUUUCAUUUUACAUUUUAAGGCAAAGAGUUCUUUUUGAUUCAUCAAAAUGGUGUUUGUAGGUCUUUUGAGAUAAAGAAUAAUGUAUCUUUGUCUACUGCUCUCCCAUGGCGGCCUGAUAAGCCUGAGAGAGAAAAUAUGUGAGAUCUCAUAUCUUCUACCUGUGCCAGGCCAUAGCUUUGGAAGUAUAUAUUGUAAUGUCAGCUGUAGGUUAGUAGGAAUGUUGUUUCCCAUUAAUUGACUUAGCCUGUCCUGGUCAUAUUCAAAUCUUCCCAAGGUACAAAGGGGUAUGUAGGAAGGAAUCUAGAAAAAGUAAUAUUUUAUUCUCCAAUUCUAUAGCUUUUCUAGAUCAAUUAGAGGGAGAGAAAUGUAGAAAUUCAAGUAGAAUUUGGCCUUGGGUCAAUAAAUGAUAUAAAAAUGUGUGAUCUGUGUAUGUACAUGUAGGUUUCUCAGAAAAACAUGAUAAAACCAAAAUGUCACUGACUCAUCCUUAUCCAUACUCUUUUCAUGAAAACCAUCCGCCAUGUGCAAUAGAAACUUCCCACCUCCCUUUUUACUGCCUGUUCACGCCACCUCCACAGCUGUGAGGGGAAGACUCCUUUCAGCCUCUUUGCCUCAGAGCUCAGAUCAUGAAGGCCCUAAGGUCAGCAUCUAAGUAGUUCCCAUUUCCAAAUUAAGUGUUACAAAUGUUGAGAGUAGGGGAGCAACUAUUCGUAUUUUAGAUUAUUAAACUAAGUGUUGAGGAAAAUGCACAAGAUUUCUGCUUCACCCAAGAUUUUAUUAACAUUCAGCUCCUGCUCAACUGCUGGACAGAUAGUGUCCUGAGAUACCAUCAGAUAAUCAAACAGGCAUCUGACAAAGAUGAACUAGGAAGAAAGGUAGGCUCUCCAAAGUAAACAUGCAAUUGGGUGAGAGAAAUAACUCUUUAGUGGGAUAAAAUCAGGUCACCUGUAGCCAGAAUGACAGGUAAACCUGAAAAUGUCCUGUUCUGUUGCCAAACUUUUCGUUCUGAGUAUUUGGCAGAGUUUGAAUUUGAGCAGACUGCACACUGCUCCUUGGGUAGAAAGGGUCUGAAUUUUCCACUCUGUAAUUUCAACCUCAUUGUUAUUUGGGCUGAAGUAAGAAAUCAUAUUUCAUUUCAGCACACCUGAGUCUUUAAAAAAGAGCUCUUCCAAGAGAACUUUAUGGACACCCAUGAUUGUUUCCAAGCUGUUCAUGAUUUUUGCUUUGGUAGUUAUUUUUGUCCCCUACUUGGAGAUGUUAAUGCCAAAGUUGCCUGAAUAUUUGAGUAUUUUUUCUUAAUUUGAAGUAUGAAAAUUAUACAGAAUAGUUACAAAGGUAUUAAAUAAUUCUCUUUAUUAGUAUGUCCUGUGAUGGCGUUGUGUCCAAAGAGGUUUCAAGAAAUUCUUUAGAAGUAAGAGGUUAAAUGUUUACAUUUCACAUGCUAUUUGAGGUCUUAAGAUUCUAAUUAGCUUCCUUUCCACCCCCCCUCUUUGUCUUUGGCUGAUUCCUGCUUUGUAGAUAAAUAUUAAUAGCCCUGAAAUGUUUCUAGUGUUCAAAUAAGAACAAAUCAGAUCAAUCAGCUAUGUCCUGUCCAUGAAAGGAGCACUGUCAAUCACAAACAGUUAAUGCAAAAUGCAGCAAGAUAUUUUUUUAAGUGACAUUAUUGUUGUCCCUAUAGUAGGUUUAAAUUUGUCUUGGUAAAAUGAAAUUGUACCAUUUACAAAUUACCAGAUAGUAAUUAACACUGUUUCACUGUGGACACAGUUUAAUUCUUCAUUUUUAAUAGGCUGGAAACAGGCCCUGUGGUUUGCAUUUGUAUGCAUGGACCCCUCCCGUCCCCUAGGGGGCGCUCAGUAGAUGCUAAGGAGGCCUGUCCACUUGUCCACUUGUCCACUCUGUGCUGUUGAAAUGCCUAACAUUCACUCACAGGAAGCAUACCUGAUGCUGUUUUUUAUGGAGGAAAUUGUAUUAAAGAACAUAAAACAUUAUAAAUAGCUGUUAAUAAGAUCUGUAAUCACCCAAAAGAAUACCUUAGUCUUUCCAACGUGAGUUCAACCUGAAGCCUUUGAAUGGAACACAUUACCAAAUGUCCAUAAGCUAAAAUCCCCAUCCAAUCAAAGAUAUACUAAGUCUCUGCAAGCAGAUAACACAUGAUAAUGAUGUCUCCGCAAGACUAGACAUUCCCAAGAGUGCCCAGGAAGGAAUGGGAAGGGACUGUUAGCCUAAGAUCUAGCUUGUUUAUCUUUCACUCACCUUCUUUUAAAUCUGGAACUCUUAAUAAAAUGAAUCUAAAAUAUUGUCACUUAGCUGCUAUCAAUUUCCCAAUAACCAUUGGACCAGUUGUGUAUCACACUUCCUUCUCUGAUUCCAUUAAAAAAUAUAUAUAUUGUGCUCCUAUGAGCCUGUUUUCCUCAACACAAGUCAGUGAGAGCCUGGCUUCUUAUUUUGGUGUGUGCUGCACGGCCUGGAAACCAGGGAACAACAGCUGUUGGUGCGAUUUCUAUUUUAAGUGAAAAUUAGGUUUUAUAGAGACAACUUUUUUCUUUUGGAUCUACAACAGUUUUUUUUAAACUGUCACUGUAAAUCUGCCCUUUAAAAAAUAGGGGUUUUUAAAGAUUAGUUGCCAAAUAGAAAUUCACUCUGUAGUAGGAACAGUUAUAUGGUGAUUCUGGAACUUUAACUUCACGCUUCUUUAAUUUAAACAUGGAAAAUAGCCUCCAAGUUUGAUUUCCCGAAGUUUCAUAAAGCCUCUAAGCUCAUGAUUUUCGUCUCCUUUUUGCCCACAUAAUGAGUUACCUCCAUAGCCAUUUGGUGUCAUGCAGAAGGGAGGUGGUUAGUUUAGGGAUUUGAUUUUUUUCAACUUGCAGUGAGAAAUAGGAUAGGUGACAAAACCUUACUUGUUGAGACAAUUCAGUGCUUAAGCAUCUCUGUCAGAAAUGGAAUGAUGUACUGUUAGCCAAUUAGAAUUAUUUUAUGUAUUGUUAUUGUAUUUUGCUGAUUUUUAUAUGAAAAUAUAAUUAUUCAUUCUCAAUCUCUGGAAGCAGUCAUUAUUAUGAGGAUCAUUUUACUUUGAAAACACUUUCAUAAUAAAGAUAAGUCUUAAGAGUACAGUGUAAAUGCCCUUUUCUGUAAGCACUACUGAACUUGUAUUGGUAAUAUGCCACAUCUUCCUGGACAAGAUUCAUUUCAGUGUUCACAUCAUCCUACAGUUUUCUUGUAAGCCUCCUCAAAUCCCAGUAGUCACUAUGAUUACAAAAAAGGAAUGUAAUAUUUAUAUGUUAUAUAUAUAUAUCUAUUGUUAUAGGUUAUUUUGUCAAGAAUUUAGCUAAGCUACUUGAUGGUGUUGUUAUCUCAGCAUCCACUUUGUUUGCCAAACAGCCUGCAGGGACCAUAGCUUGACACUAAGCCCCUCAUACAGGUGCAUGUCCUGAAUAGCAGCCCAGAGUCACAAACAGAUGUAACUCCCUGAUAUGAUUUCCCCAACAGCCCUUGUGAUCAAGUCUCCUGCCUCCCAGUGCUUUUGUAUGCCUUAUGCAUCCCUUAGAUAAGACCCACCCUCCCCAGGGCAGGCGGCUUACCAAAACCUCUUUCUUUUGGCUUGAAUUGACCGAUCUGGCCAUGGCCCAGGGACUCCAAGGCUCUGCACCCAUGGACCCUAAUAAAGGCAUGUGCCCCAGCUCCUGUCUCUUUCUCUCUCUCUGUACUCUGCCUGACCUUCCCGUGUGGCCCCUUCUGGUGCGCCAUGUACUCCCCCCAGGACCUGUGACUAAUAAACCUCUCUAUUUCAA